UUUGAUUUCAGAAAUUCAACGUCACACAAACACUCUAACUCCUUCCUCCAACAACCAUUGAAGGCUUGCAUUCCAAUAUGGCCACACCGAGCCACCUACAAGCAACACAAGAAGACAUCGAGCACUUCAAACAAAUCCCAUGGUGCCUGAAACACCUAGAGCCCCCAAAUACAGACCUCGUCAUCUCGAAAGCCUAUACCCGCGGCCGAAAGCCCAAGAACGAGGACACCCUCUUCUCAGUCACCAUCAACAGCCCCGGCACCCUGCCCCAUUUCAUCUUUUUCUACCCGCGGCCCACGGACCCGCGGGCUCUGGUUCCGGAGGUCAAGGCGCUGAUCACCCUGGGGGACGACCUGAAUGGGCACCCGGGCAUCUCCCACGGCGGGAUGGUGGCCGCCAUCUUCGACGAGGUGCUCGGGUAUGCCGCGCCGGGGGUCAGGAUGAUUAGCGGGGAGAACCGGGGAACCAGCGGGACGCCGGGGCCGUCGUACGUCACCGCCUAUCUGAAUACGACGUACCUGAAGCCUGUCAGGACGCCGGCGACUGUCAUGGUUGUCUCCAGGCUGGUUAGGACGGAGGGGCGGAAAAUCUGGGUCGAGGGCCACAUGGAGGAUGGUGAGGGUGUGAAGCUGGCGAAGGCAGACUCUUUGUUUGUGGAGACCAAGCUGAAAUUGUAGAGGACCGAGUGCCUUUCCAUAAGCAGCCGGAUAACUACCUUAGUAAGGGCGACUUGACUGGUAGUUUGAGGUGAAAGACUUGGAGUGGACAUCCCUCCAGGCCAAUCAGUUGACCAGUACCGCUUGACACGGUGCGCGGACUGGGCUGGUCUGGAUUGACGGACAAAGAUCGGCGCAGUUGGGUUAUUUCAUGGAUCUCGAUGAUGGAAGGGGCCUCAUCUGGUCGUUUUACG